GUAAAUGAAGAUGCUCAUCAGGUAACAGUAGAAUCUGGUUUAGAAGUUGAAGUUUUGAAUACCAAAAUAUUACCCUCUUGGAGCGAUAUCUGGUCUAUCAGUUGCUGGUAUGAUAUCGACAGGUACACAUGGUACGGAGCCAAGUUUGGAUGCCUUGCCACUGCCAUUGUCAAAGUGGAUCUGCUGACUGCAGAAGGGGAAUUAAUCAGCUGUUCACGCGAUGAAAAUAAGGAUAUAUUUCUUGCGUGUUGUUGUGGUAUUGGUGCUCUGGGUGUCAUUGUUCAUGUUACCAUACAAUGUGAACCUGCAUUUAAACUGUGGGAAAGACAAUCAUCGUGUUCACUAACAGAGGUGUUGGGUGACUUGGACACACAUUUAUCUGCAAGUGAACACUUCCGAUUCUUCUGGUUUCCCCACACAAACAAUGUCGCUGUUUUCCAUGCUGAUCGAACAACUAAGAAUAUUUGUGUCAAAUCCAGCUGGUUGUGGAACACCGCAGUGGCAAACUAUUCUCUAGAGUUUGCCUACUGGCUUAGCACCUUCAUUCCAAGAUUAGUGCCUCUUAUUAACAGAUUAUAUUACCAUAUGCUAUUCACUACACCCAGUGAGAGAGUAGAUGUCAGUUAUAAAGUACUCAACUUUGAUUGCAAGUUCAGUCAAUACGUUACAGAAUGGGCAAUACCAAGAGAAAAAACAGGUGAAGUGUUGAGGAGUUUACAGAGAUGGGUUGAAAUGAGUGGUGAGGUUGCUCAUUUCCCAGUAGAAGUGAGGUUUGUUAACAGGGAUGACAUACUUAUCAGUCCAGCUUAUGGCAGAGAUACGUGCUUUAUUAACAUCAUUAUGUACAGACCAUAUGGUAAAUUUGUAGAGCAUUCCAAGUAUUGGACUGCGUAUGAAGACAUUAUGAUGAAAGCAGGUGGCAGGCCACAUUGGGCAAAGGCACAUAAAAUAACCAGAGAACAAUUCCUGGACAUGUAUCCCAAGUUUUCAAGGUUUCUGGAAAUUCGACAACAACUUGACCCCAAUGGAAUGUUCAUGAAUGAAUACCUAAACAGAGUCUUAACGUAAAAUCUUUGAGCACUGCGAUGAAACAGAUGUUACUCUACUUUUUAGUUUCUUUGCUCUGUCUAUAGAUACUGUGUGUCUGUUACCAGGCUGCAAUCAGGUUGCAAAGAUGAAUUGUGUCUGACUUUCAGGUGUUUGAAUGGACAGUGAUUCCACUAGGUUACCAGAUGAGGAAACCCGCUGGUUUGGUUAUACAUGUGACAUAAUUACGGGCCAGAAAUGAACAUAUCCCAACAUUUCUGAUGCCUGGAAUUCCAUGACAAAAGUCAUGGUAAUAAUGGUAUUCAAAUGGUUUGAAAUUGGUAAAGGGAUAGAAGAUCAUUUUCUGUAUAUAUUGUUUCCAUCUUCGUCUUUCACAACCAUUUACACCCUUCACGCUAUCACAUUUCAUCACUCAAGAGCAUGACUGAUAUAAGAAAAUCAGUCAGUCAGUUAAAAUCAUGUUUGACCAAUAACCAAUCAGGGACAAUGUUUACAGAUUUAGUAAAUUUGAACAACAUUCUCAAAGUGAUUGGCAAAUUCAGUCCGAGUCCCAGAAUGCAAUUUCCUUACAUACUGUGUUGGAGGUGCAUUGUCAAUAUAAGUAUCUCAGCAGAAGCCUACUCUAAUUCAUGAGAAAGUUGGUCAUAAAUGACAUAACAAUGUCAAUUAUGUAGAAUAAUGGCGCUAAUAUCCCAUGGCACCAUGAAAUAACAUUCUUUUGUGUGUUACAGUGACAUAUUUUGAGAAACUUCUCCUAAUAUUUAUCCAACAAUUCUAUUAAACACAACGUUAAAAAAUAAUUACGUUUUUUGAAAUAAUUCAGGACAAAAAUAGGUACCCCAUCAGUCACAUUACCAGUAUAUAAUGUCACCAGCCUACAAUUUGACAUAUGGCAUAAUAUCUCUGCCGUAAAUAUCUAUGGUACAGUACAAACAAAAUAGCCACUAUCAACUGAAUGCAAACAUUAUUUUCCCGAAAAUUAGAUUUGUGACCCCAUACUUUUUUAAAUUCGAUAUUCUUAUAUUGCCCAAGAGUAUUAAUUUAUUGCAAAAUGAAUACAUACUGGGAUCUGCAUUUAUGAGUAUGAAUCUUCUGUACCUGAUCAGAUUUUAAUCAAAAUUAAUCAACUUUCUUGUAAUAACUUUGUAUACAAAUUAUAUAUUAGGAAUGAUUUGAAACAAUUAUGUAGUACUGAGUGUUCCUAUUUAUGGUUACAUACCUGUAACAUGAUAUAUUUGGAGGUCAUUCCUGUGUGACACAUUAACCUUUUCACCACCAGGUCCUCUUCAUCACAGAUUCACAAAACAGUCUGUUCAUAGUCUGCACUUUCCUCAAAUUGUCAACAUUAUAAAGUAAAACUCAAAGUGUAUCUGUUCGCUCCAAAAUUUGGGUUCAUUUCCAGAAAUAUUGAAAAAAAAUAAGAAAAAAGGGCAGAAAAAUUUUGACAGUCUGGUGGUGGAAAGGUGAAACAGAUUGUGUUUUAUCAUGCAUAAAUAAAUUCAGAAUCACCUCCACCUUCAAUAAUAUUUUCACAAAUCACUGUAAAUCUAUUUUAAUUACUUAUGGAAUAUAAAUUGACAUAACACAAAAACAAGAUUAGUAGAAUUUAUUUCAGUCCUGUACUUUAUUUAUGCACCCUAUUGGUGAUAAACAUAGAACUCUAUUAAAUAUUAUUUUUCUGAUUACAAAUUGUGGCAUGCUGUGGUACUAUUAGAAUUAUUCAUACAUACAGGGCAAAGUUGGUAAAAGCCCAAAAAAAAAAUAUUAUGAGAAAUUGUAAUUAUGUAUGAAUAUACAGUAGUAUUAAAAUAGUAAGAAAA